AUGGAGAUAGUGUACGUGUACACGAGGAAGCGCAGCGAGUUCGGCCGGCAGUGCAACUUCUCCGACCGGCCGGCGGAGCUGCACGUGGACAUCCUCCCCGACCCGUCCCUCGCCGCCAACUUCAUCGAGCGGGACCCGUGUGACGUGCCACUGCAGUGCACUCAGGAGAUGUCCGAGCACGAGGUGAACACGGAGCGCUUUGAGUCGGAGAGCCGCGGGAUAAACCACGUGGAGGGCGGCUGGCCGAAGGACGUCAACCCCCAGGAGAUGGAGCAGACCAUCCGCUUCCGCAAGAAAGUGGAGAAGGACGAGCACUACGUCAACACCAUCAUGCAGCUGGGCAGCCACAUGGAGCACUGCAUCAAACAGAACAACGCCAUAGACAUCUACCAGGAGUACUUUGAGGAGGAGGAGGAGCUAGAGGACUCUGAGGAGCAGCCCUGGGCGAAAACCAUCAACGUCUUCAGAGACCCAAACGAGGUCAAGCGCACCGCUACGGGCCUGUCCUGGCACCCCGACGGCAGCCGGAAGCUGGCUGUGGCGUACUCCUCCCUGGAAUUCCAGAGGGCCGCAGCAGACAUGAGCCUGGACUCCUACAUUUGGGACACGGAGAGUCCCAACAAGCCAGAGAUGACAGUGAAACCGGUGUCCCCCCUUAUAUGCCUGGAGUACAACCCCAAAGACUCCCACAUCCUGGUUGGAGGCUGCUACAACGGACAAAUCGCAUACUGGGACACGCGUAAAGGCAGCCAGGCCGCGGAGACCUCCACCAUCGAGCACAGCCACAGGGACCCCGUCUACAAGGCCAUCUGGCUGCAGUCCAAGACGGGCACGGACGUCUUCUCCGCCUCCACCGACGGCCAGGUGCUGUGGUGGGACAUCCGGAAGCUGAGUGAACCCACAGAGAGGCUGGUUCUGGACCCCAGCAGGAAGGGCAACCUGGACAACGCGCUGGGCGCCAUCUCCCUGGAGUUUGAGCCCACCAUGCCCACAAAGUUCAUGGUGGGCACGGAGCAAGGCCUGGUGGUCUCCUGCAACCGCAAGGCCAAGACGCCCGCCGAGAAGAUCGUCUGCACCUACAGCGGCCACCACGGGCCCAUCUACGCCCUGCAGAGGAACCCCUUCUUCCCCAAAAACUUCCUCACCGUGGCCGACUGGACCGCCCGCAUCUGGUCCGAGGACAUCAAGGAGUCCUCCAUUAUGUGGACCAAGUAUCAUAUGGCCUUCCUCACAGACGGAUGCUGGAGUCCAGUCAGACCCUCUGUGUUCUUCACCGUCAAAAUGGACGGAACCCUGGACGUGUGGGACUUCCUGUUCAAGCAGAACGAUCCCACCCUCAGUCUGAAAGUGUGUGACGAGGCCCUGUUCAGUCUCAGGGUGCAGGAUAACGGGCGCUUCCUGUGCUGUGGCUCUCAGCUGGGCACAGCCACCCUGUUGGAGGUCUCCCCCGGCCUGGGCACCCUGCAGAGGAACGAGAAGACCCUGGCCACUGCGAUGUUCGAGCGCGAGACGAAGCGGGAGAAGAUCCUGGAGGCGCGGCACCGGGAGAUGCGGCUGAAGGAGCGGAGCCGCUCCGAGCAGAGCCGGGAGGAGGAGGGCAAGGAGGCGCACGUGGAGGAGGACUCACAGGAGCUGCUCGCGCAGGCCGAGAAGGAGUUCUUCGACAUCGUGGAGGGAGAGCUGAAGAAGCGGGAGAAGGAGGAGGAGAAAUACGAAGAGAAAGACGUCUGUGAAGAGAAAGAAGAAGAAGAAGAAGAAGAAGAAAACGAUGGCUGAAUAGAGUCACUACACGUCUCGUGUAAUUGCCAUCUUGAAUGUCACCGCCCGUGUAAACAUUAUCUGCUAGCCAUGCGAGACUUAAUUAGCACAUGGCAUGUGAAGUUAAAACAAAUUAUUAAUUUGUGCUGCAAUACAUUAAAAAAACACGAGGACCAUUUUUCCAAAUGCUUUGAAGAGCAAUGUAAAUAUUUUAAUAUGUCACACUAAGCAUGUAAAGGCAGUACUGGAUUCAUGCACGCUAUUUAAAAUCUCCACACAGCUGCUUGUUUCCAUUAUACGCAAUCGGCUCUCACAGUAAUAGUGAGACACAUUGAACUUAAAUGCCCAUCACUGCUCGUUCCAAAAGCAACACACCAAGGUGCUAACUUCACUCAGGGCUGUCAACACUCCGCCCUUCCAGUAUUGAGUGCAUUGAACGACUUGCCGCAGAUAAGGGCUGUUUUCCGACGCCCAUCAUUGUCAUGCCUACAGCCUGGUCCCUGUUGUUUCCCUGUCACGGUGACGCUGUGGUUUCUGUGCUGAGAACGAGUUUCCACCAGUUUCUCGGCCACACCCGGCCACAACCGUGCGUGUAAACGAGGACCCCCGAAAAGGCUA